GACCAAACAUGCAAAUCUUUUACGUCAUUGCUCUGGCUUUUGUGUCCGUCGUGGCGGCUGAUGUCAGUCACCUCAAGCUGGGUCUUGCCGCAGAUGGCGCCUAUGGACUGACCUCCUCAUCAUCGUCGUACUCGGCCGCUUCUGUGGUGCCGGGCGGUGAUUCCAGCAGCUAUCAGCCUGAAGAACUCAUCCCGGGCCACCUCAAAGUAGCCACCAUUCAUUCGCAGUCCUCCCAGGUGAUUACCGGUGGAGAUUCGAGCUCCUAUCAGAGCGCAGAUUAUGCUUCAGGCCAGUUGAAGGUAGCCGCCAUUCAGGGGGAGAGCGAAGUCAUCCCUGGAGGCGACUCGAGCUCGUACCAGCCCGCGGAAUAUACUCCGGCCCAUCUCAAAGUAGCCUCCGUUGAGACCCAGUCUGCCGAGGUGAUUCCUGGCGGAGACUCGAGCUCGUACCAGCCCGCUCAUCUGCAGGUGCAAUCAUCAGGAGCACAACAAGUCCUUGGCGGGGACUCCAGCAGCUAUGCCCCCGAGCAGUUCAUUCCAGAGGCUGAUCGUCAGGCUCACUAUCAGUAUGUCCAGGAGCAGCAGCAGCAGCAGGAGGAGACUGUCAUUCCCGGUGGAGAUUCCAGCUCCUACCAGCCCGCGGAGUACACGCCCGCUCAUCUGAAGGUUGCCUCAGCUCAGGUGGAAGCUUCUGGUGCUGCUGAAGUGGUUGCUGGUGGAGAUUCCAGCUCCUACCAGCCCGCGGAGUACACACCCGCUCAUCUGAAGGUUGCCUCAGCUCAGGUGGAAGCUUCUGGUGCUGCUGAAGUGGUUCCUGGUGGAGAUUCCAGCUCCUACCAGCCCGCGGAGUACACACCCGCUCAGCUGAAGGUUGCCUCAGCUCAGGUGGAGGUGGAGGCUACACCCAGCAUUGGGGCCGACAGCUACACACCCGAGCAGUUCAUUCCAGAGGCUGAUCGUCAGGCUCACUAUCAGUAUGGCCAGCAGCAGCAGCAGCAGGAGGAGACUGUCAUUCCCGGUGGAGAUGCCAGCUCCUACCAGCCCGCGGAGUACACGCCCGCUCAGCUAAAGGUUGCUCUGGUGGCGCCUGUGGCGGCUGCUGAAGUUGCACCCGGAAGUGAGGAGAGCUCCUACCAGGCCGUUGCUGCACCCGCUAUCCAGUACAGCUACACCCAGACACUGGCCAAGGCGGUGCAGGCACCCGCUGCAGUGGCUGCCGUCAGCUAUCAGGCCGCUGAUCUGAUUCCCGCCUACGUUCAAGGUCAGGCGGUGAUCAGUAAACAGAUUUUGGCGCCACUUCGUGAGUCUGUCGUGUAUGCCAAUGUCCAGGGAGAGGCUGUCAGCAGCAGCAAGCAGCUGGUGGCGCCCUUCCGUGAGCAGACCGUAAGCAAUGGCUAUGGGCAGUCCAUCGUUAGCGAGAUUGCCGCACCUGCCCAGCUGUACCAGGAGCCCGUGUCGAAUGGCAUCGAGGAGUUCAAUGCCGAGACCCAUGUGCCCGUGGCCAUUGGUGGCAACACAGUCACGCCCACUCAUCUGCAGGUCGCAGCCCCCAGCUACACAUCCGUUGCCUCCUCCUCCGCGUACGCCUCCUCCGCUGCUUCCUCGUCUGGCCAUGACACUCAGUAUGCAACCAACGGCGGCUAUGUCUACUAGGCCUUUAAGUCUUUAGCCUUUAAGUAUUCCUUUUGAAAACAAAUAAACAAUUCUCAUCAUUAAA